GUUUUAACCCUGAAUUGAGGUAUCACACUAUUGGCUGCUGCUGUGACGACAACCAGCUACGUCACGCUGAAUAACCCGGAAGUUACCCUGAUUGACCGGGACGAUGUUUACAUUUAGCCUGACCAUCGUACGACAUGGUGAGACGCAGUACAACAGAGACAAGCUGCUGCAAGGUCAGGGCGUGGACACCACCCUGUCGGAGACAGGGCUGAGGCAGGCGGAGGCGGUGGGCCGGUACCUCAGAGACCUCCGCUUCGACGCCGUGUACACCAGUGACCUGCAGCGAGCCCGCCAGACGGCUGAGCAGAUCCUGAGGGCCAACGCGGGGGGCACCAGGGUGGAGCCGGUCCAGGAGCCUCUGCUCAGGGAGCGGGGCUUCGGGGUCGCUGAGGGCCGACCCAAAGAGGAUCUGAAGAACAUGGCCAACGCCGCCGGCCAGUCCUGCCGCGAUUACACCCCCCCUGGGGGGGAGACCCUAGACCAGGUCCGGCGUCGCUUCAAAGACUUCCUCAAGGUUCUCUUCCAGCAGAUGAUGGACGACCACGGCGACGCCUCAACCUCUGGGGGGUCCCCGGGACCCCCGGCCAUGCCCAACGGCGGCUCGGAGGAGAGGGGGUCCGGGACUGAGGGGGGGUCCGGCCCCGAGGGGGGGGUCCACGUCCUGGCGGUCAGCCACGGAGGCUUCAUCCGCGUGGCGGUGAAGCACCUCCUGGAGGAGCUGGGCUGCACGCCGCCGGACGGCGCCCGCCCCGCGCAGCUCACGGCCCCCUGCCCCAACACGGGGGUCAGCCGCUUCCUGUUUACGCUGCGGCGGGCCGCGGGGGCGGUGGAGCUCACUGCAGCACGCUGCGUCUUCACCAACAGGAAGGAGCACCUGGAGUGGCUGAAAGAGUGUUAGAGAGAGCGGGGGGGGGGCAUGUUGAGGUGAUGGCGGAGGACAGACCCAAGGCGCUUCCCAUGGGGAGACAGACUCAAUUAUAUCAAGAGAAGAGCUACAAUGAAUGAACGAUUUAAAAGAUGACAAAUAGACGGCCUCUGGCGGCUCCAGCGUUAAGGAUGUCCAUGGGGAGGGGGUUCAACAGACUGGGGGUCACCACCCUUAGAACUAUGUCCCCUUAAGGCCUUAAAGCUCUGUCCCUUUAAGGCCUUAAAGCUCUGUCCCCUUAUGUCCUUAAAGCUCUGUCCCCUUGCCCUUAAAACUGUCUCUUAUGUCCUUAAAGCUCUUUCCCAUUGUCCUUAAAACUCUGUCCCCUUAAGUCCUUAAAGCUCUGUCCCCUUAAGGCCUUAAAGCUCUGUCCCCUUAAGGCCUUAGAGCUCUGUCCCCUUAAGGCCUUAGAGCUCUGUCCCCUUAAGGCCUUAGAGCUCUGUCCCCUUAAGGCCUUAGAGCUCUGUCCCCUUAAGGCCUUAGAGCUCCUUCCCCUUAAGGCAUUACAGAUGGAGGCGGAUGGUGUGACGUGUCGAUAAGGACCCGGCAGCAGAGUUCUGCCGGUCCAGGACUUUGGGCUUUGGGGGGACUCAGAAUAGUACUCCUCACAGGAGUCCAGAGGGGAGAGAAGGUCUGGAUGAGGGUCUGGUCUGAGACGGGGGGGUGGAGGCGGUCUGGGUGGGGGUCUGGCCUAAGACGGGGGGGUGCAGGAGGUCUGGGUGAGGGUCUGGCCUAAGACGGGGGGUGGAGGAGGCGGUCUGGGUGAGGGUCUGGUAAUUAUUGUGCAGAAUCUUCUAUGUGAGGUGGAAAAGUAUAAACUGUACUUCCAUACCGAGUGUUUGGGAGGAGCAUGCACUUUCUUUAAUGUACUGAAUGUAACGUGUUUUUUUAACUCUACGUUUCCCAUUGUGAUCCCUAAGUAAUUUUAUUCUAUGGGAUUUUGGAACCAAAGGUGGAGACUUGUUUAAGUCACCGUUUUAAAUUGAUUUUGCUUGGGUCUAGAAAUCUCUGUAGUCUUUGUUUUAUCUAAAAGGAAUAAACUGAAAGACGACAGAAAUCUUGAAUUUGAAUUCUCUCAUUCAGUAUUGUGCGCAACGUGAACUCCUUCUGCCUGGACUCGCACAAGAGGUUGUCCUGUUUUUCACAUCUAAAGACUUUAAACCCUUCAGAAACACAGCGCAGCAAGAAUCAAUUCCAUGAAUAGAAGUGUUUAUACUCUGGGUUCAGAUCUUGUGUCUUCAGAGAAAGCGAUAAUUUAAACAUGGUUAUGCUUCUGAGCAAAGCUCC